AUGGCCAACACGGCGCACCUGGUUCGCCGCCAGAGCUCGCAGAACCUCAACCCGCAGCGCUCGCUGGACCGCCUGGAGAUGAAGGAGCUACGUGGCCGGCUAGUCGUCGAGAACGGCAGCUCGCAGGGUUACGGCGCCACCAACAUCGCCUUCGACGACACCAGCCCCAACACCAAGGGCGGCGGCAGCAAGCUGGGCUCGGGCGAGGGCAAGCAGGUGUUCCGCCCCGAAGGUGGAGAGGAGGAGAGGGAGUCCUGGGACAGCAAGCUCACCUUCCUGCUGGCCACGGUGGGCUAUGCUGUGGGGCUCGGCAACGUCUGGAGGUUCCCCUACCUCGCGCAGAAGAAUGGUGGUGGCGCCUUCCUGAUCCCCUACUUCGUGAUGCUGGCCAUCGAGGGCAUCCCCAUCUUCUACCUGGAGCUGGCGAUCGGCCAGCGGCUGCGCAAGGGCGCCAUCGGCGUGUGGAACCAGGUGUCGCCCUACCUGGGCGGCAUCGGCAUCAGCAGCGCCGUCGUGUCCUUCAACGUGGCGCUCUACUACAACACGAUCAUCGCGUGGUGCCUCUUCUACUUCGUGCAGAGUUUUCAGUCAGAACUGCCAUGGGCGAAGUGUCCAAAUGUUUAUUUUGAAAACGGAUCAUAUGCAGUGGAGCCAGAGUGUGUGGCCAGCACGCCCACGCAGUACUUCUGGUACCGCACCACGCUCAUGGUCUCCGAGGACAUCGGCUCCCCCAUCGCCUUCAACUGGAAGAUCGCACUGGCACUCGUCAUCGCCUGGGUGCUCGUCUACAUGUGCAUGAUCAAGGGCAUAGCGUCGUCGGGCAAGGUGGUGUACGUGACUGCCACAUUCCCGUACAUCGUGCUCAUCAUAUUCUUCUUCAGGGGAGUGACCCUGAAGGGCAUGUCGGACGGCCUGCUGCACCUCUUCACGCCCAAGUGGUGGAUGCUGGCCGACCCGGUGGUGUGGCUGGAGGCGGGCACGCAGAUCUUCUUCAGCCUGGGACUGGCGUUCGGCGGCCUCAUCGCCUUCUCCUCCUACAACCCCGUGAACAACAACUGCUACCGCGACGCCAUCAUGGUGUCGCUCACCAACUGCUUCACCUCCAUGUUCGCCGGCAUCGUGGUCUUCUCCAUCAUCGGAUUCAAGGCCACCAUGAUCUACGAUCGCUGCCUGGAGGAGCGGAACGCAACGCUGGCGUCCAUAUUCGGCAGCGCGGCGGAGCCGACACCGCUGCCACCGGAGGGCAGCACCGUCGUCGUGACGACCACCUACGGCUCCUUGGAGACCAUCGUCAUGCCCGCCAUCCCCGAGUGCGAUCUGCAGAAGGAGCUGGACAACACGGCCUCGGGCACGGGGCUGGCCUUCAUCAUCUUCACGGAGGCCAUCAACCAGUUUCCCGGCGCGCAGUUCUGGUCCAUCCUCUUCUUCCUGAUGCUGUUCACGCUCGGUAUCGACUCGCAGUUCGGCACGCUCGAAGGUGUCGUCACCUCCAUCGUCGACAUGAAGCUGUUUCCCAACCUGCGCAAGGAGAUCCUUACAGGUGUGCUCUGCCUCAUAUGCUGCGCGAUAUCCAUGGCGUUUGCUCACGGCGCUGGCAGCUAUGUGUUCGUCCUGUUCGACAACUUCAGCGGCAACUUUCCUCUGCUGAUCAUCGCUCUCUUCGAGUGCCUGGGAGUGGCUUACGUGUACGGCUUGAAGAGGUUCGCCGACGACAUCGAGCUGAUGACGGGCAAGAGGCCCGGCCUGUACUGGCUCAUCUGCUGGAAGUACCUGUCCCCGCUGGCGAUGAUCUCCAUCCUGGUGGCCAGCUUCGUGGAGAUCGCGAUGGAGGGCAGUGGCUACCCCGCCUGGGUGGCCAGCAAGGGCGAGACGGAGCGCCACGAGUGGCCGGUGUGGGCGCUCGUGCUCAUAGCCUUCCUCGUGCUCAUCUCCGUGCUUUGGAUCCCGGUGGUGGCGCUCUGCAGGGCCUGCGGCUUCGUCAUCAUCGACGACAACGACAAGGCGUGGUUCCCCACCGACGACCUGCGCGAGUUCCACGGCAUCGUGCCGCACGAGGUGACGGCCGCCGAGAAGCUGCUGUUCUGCAUCCGCGAGGACGGCAGCGAGGGGCUGUGCUGCCCCAGCGGGGGCGUGGACGACGACGACACCUAG